GCCUGCAACCCUCGGAUGGGCAACCUGGCGCACGGGCGGGCGCUGCGCACCCAGACGUCCUGCGGCCGCCGCCACGCCGAGCCCUUCUGCAGCUACAGCGAGGACGCGGAGCGGCGCUGCCGCCGGCCCCGGUGCGGCCGCUGCAGUGGGGCCCAGGCCGGGCUGGCGCACCCGCCCGCCGCCAUGGCCGACUCGCCCUUUCGCCUGCCCCGCACCUGGUGGCAGGCGGCCCACGAUGCCCUCCGUGAGACCAUCCGCCUGGACCUGGAGACCGCCUUCUACUUCACUCACUUGAUAAUGGUCUUCAAGUCGCCCAGGCCGGCUGCCAUGGUGCUGGAGCGCUCCCAGGACUUCGGCGAGACGUGGAAGCCUUACAAAUACUUUGCUGCUAACUGCUCGGCCACCUUCGGGCUGGAGGAUGAUGUGAGGCAGAGAGGAGCCAUUUGCACUUCCAGAUAUUCGAGCCCCUUCCCCUGCACUGGAGGAGAGGUGAUCUUCCGAGCGCUGUCGCCGCCCUACGCCGCGGAGGACCCGUACAGCGCGGAGGCCCAGGCGCAGCUGAAGAUCACCAACCUGCGGGUGCGGCUGCUGCAGCGGCAGGGCUGUCCCUGCCUGGCGGCCAGCCCAGCCCUGCAGCCCCCGCCAGCCCUGCACUACGCCAUCUACGACUUCAUCGUCAAGGGCAGCUGCUUCUGCAAUGGCCACGCUGACCACUGCAUCCCUGUCGCUGGAUUCAGGCCCAGCAAGGCGGCUGGCGUUUUCCAUGUGGUCCAUGGGAAAUGCAUGUGCAAGCACAACACUGCAGGGUCCCACUGCCAGCACUGCGCCCCGCUGUACAACGACCAGCCUUGGCAGGCUGCUGAUGGCAAGACUGGAGCCCCCAGGGAGUGUCAGUCGUGCAAGUGCAAUGGGCACGCCGACACUUGUCAUUUUGACAUGGCUGCGUGGCUGGCAUCGGGCAAUCGCAGCGGCGGCAUCUGUGACAACUGCCAGCACAACACGGAAGGGCAGCACUGCCAGCGCUGCAAGCUGGGCUUCUACCGCGACCUCAGGAGGCCCUUCUCUGCCCCAGAUGCCUGCAAACCUUGCUCCUGCCACCCUGUGGGAUCGGCUGUGCUGCCCCUGGGCCCCGGCACCUUCUGUGACCCCAGCACCGGGGACUGUCCCUGCAAGCCCGGCGUGGCAGGGCCCCGCUGUGACCACUGCCUGCCCGGCUACUGGGGCUUCGGGCCCUACGGCUGCCGGCCCUGUGACUGCGCCCGCAGCUGCGACCCCCACACCGGCGACUGCCACAGCUCAGAAGUUUCCUGGCAUAAUGAAGCACCUCCUUUCCAGGCAGUGCUCAACGAGAGCGAGCCCACCUGGGGCUGGGAGGAUGAGCAGGGCUUCUCAGCACUCCGGCACUCUGGUAAAUGCGAAUGUAAAGAGCAAGUUUUAGGGAAUCCCAAGGUCUUCUGCGGGAUGAAGUACACCUAUGUGAUCAAGACAAAGAUCUUGUCAGCUCAUGACAAAGGCUCCCAUGCAGAAGUCAGUGUGAAGAUCAAGAAAGUCUUGAAGUCCACAAAGCUGAAGAUCCUCAGGGGCAAGAGGACACUCUACCCUGAAUCGUGGACUAACAGAGGCUGCACUUGUCCCAUCCUCAAUCCUGGCUUGGAGUAUCUUGUGGCAGGACACGAGGACGUCCGAACAGGCAGACUCAUUGUCAACAUGAAAAGUUUUGUGCAUCAGUGGAAGUCGGCUCUUGGAAGAAAGGUCUUGGAGAUUUUGAAAAGAGACUGCAACUAGAGGUGUGCAACUGCCUAGGGCAUUUCUUUAUGCACAAAAUGCAACAGCCUCCACAAAGAGAAGACCUCUAGCAUGAAAACUGGAAUGUAAGAAAAUAGUGCCAAAACAUGUAGUGAGGCAUUCAGAGUUGUAGGCGCUGUCUAAUUUAACCCUUUCUGGCCAAUGUUCUUUCACUUGCCUAUAGCUUCCUUGUCAGGGCCUCACCCUGAGCCCUGCUCAUUGUUAUGUUGAGGGAAAAAAAAAGGAAGGGUGGUGGAUGCUUGUCUCGCUCCAGUGUGCUGUUGGAGCAACUCUCAUGAAGCCACUGAUCACCCAAGACUAAACUGCCACCCUCAGAGAGCUACUGCUGAGAAGCAAACACUGCCAGUGCCACUAGUGUGCAUCCUGAGUGACUUGCAGGGGUUCCCAGGGGAUGCUGUGGGGAAGGCAAUGGGUAGGUGCUGCCACCCACGUGGCAAUGAGAACCACUCCUUAGAAACACCCCCUUUCAGGUUAGGACAUGGCACCCAUCAAAGAGAAUUGGGUGCCACUUGCUUUUAGCCUGUUUGCCCUGCUGAAGGUUUCAAGGGCUAGAUUCUCUGCUGAUGCUGCUGAGGAGAGAGCUGCUGGAGUGAAUUGAACCCCUCUGCCUUGGCACAGGCGUGAUGCAGGGCAGAGGCCAGCUCUCCACCCACUGCAUGGCUGCAGAGAAGAGCCAGCUGCAGAGGGUGCAGUGUCUCUGAGCUUUUGUCCUUGAAGUGUUAAAAAAUGAACCUAGCCCUAGUGUAAAUAUUUCAUUGUAUAAAGCACUUUACUACCUGCCACUUCACGGUGUGGGGAGUCUAAUUGUGUUGGGGAAAGAAGAAUUCGAAGGUGGCACAUGAGAAAAAACUCCCAGAAACAGAAGCACUCCUGAGGACCCCCACAGCUGGACAGCAUUAACAGUAUAAAGGGAAUGGCCAGCCUGCACUGGCCACUCAGAAUAUCUGAGAAUGCAAUCUGAAAGAUAAAGUAUUUGCACUGAAGUCCCAGCUUCAGACCAGCACUUGGACCCCGUGGGCAGGACUCCAGCAAGACUUUGCAAACAGAGUGGGGAGAAGAGACUUUGAGAUAAAAAUGCAAUUGCAGGAGGAGAAAAACUCUGACUGCAGCAAAAGGAGUGGAUGUAGAGAACAGAAAAGACUUGCAUUUACAUAUCACAACCCAGCAAUUCAUGGUGGGCCUGGAGUUUAUUUUAUUUUUAUGUUAGUAUUUAAAACUGAACAUUUUAUUUUUUUCUUCUGUUUGUUAUUGUUUGCAAUAUAUACAGCCAUUAUACUCCCUCAUUAACACCAGUAUGAAAUAUAGCACAGUUUACUGCAGUUUUCAGCACUAAAAUAUAUCCUUUCUGUAAAGCAUCCUUAAACCACAUUGCAUAGAGUGUAUUUUGUUCACGAGUGUGAGGGGAAAGAAGACAUACAGCACCAGAAAAGUCACUAGUCUACCAAUCCACUUUACGUAUGUAUUUUUCUUUCAAGGUCCUGUGGACUCACAAAAAAAAAGAUGCUAUUUUGGUAAUUUGUUUUUGUAUCUCAUGUAUGUAAUAAAUAUAAUAUGAUUUCAA